AAGUUUAGUAUAACUGGUUUACAUGUAAAAGGAAGGUCCAAUAAAGUUAAAAUAAAUAUAGCACUAAACAAGUUGUUAGGUGGUGAUGUGAUGCUGUGAGAAAAGUCCUGCUUGGAAAUCAACAUCAUCAACAUCUUUCCCAAAGACCAUACUUAUGCGUCACACUACUUAAUUGUGAUCACAGAACAGAAUUCCACAUAUCUUUUAUCAAAGACCCUACUUACAUGUCUCACUCAAUUAAUUGUGAUCACAAAUCAGAACUCUUGCUUUAGAGUAAAGUCAACAAGUCAACCAUUACUCUCCAACUUGUUUCUUUAUUUAAGGUAGGAUAUAUUCUUCACUUCACCUGCUGGUUGUGUCAUGGGUAUGUAUGGGACGGUUGAACACACAAGGUGGAUUCUCCUAUAUGGAUUUUUUUCAUGUAUAAAGCUAGGAUUUGAACUUCUGACCACUUGUUAAAGGUAUCUUUCUUUGUUAUAUUGGAUGUUCUGUUAGCAAUAUGACUAAACUUGGCCCUCUUGAAGAGUCCCUUUUAAAUGAUGAAGCUAGUGUAAACAAGGAUUCUGAUGCCAAAAACACACUAAAAACCUGUUAUUCAAAUGCUGGAUUUUUCAGCAUUCUUACUUUCUCAUGGAUGAGUCCACUAAUAACUUUAGGCAGUAAAAAGACUUUGGACCAUGAAGACCUUCCACUGCUUUCUACUAACGACAGUGCCUAUGGAACUUUUUCAACUUUUAAAAAAAAGCUUGAGUUGGAGUGUGGUAAUGUUAGGAAUUUGACCACUAUUAACCUCACCAAGGUUUUGUUCUUCUCAACUUGGCAAGGGAUUCUUCUAUCUGGCUUUUUUGCAUUCUUGUUCGUAUGUGCUUCUUAUGUUGGACCCUACCUUAUAGACAAUUUUGUGCAAUACCUCAAUGAUGAAAACAAAUCUAAAAAUGAAGGCUAUGUUUUGGCUAUGAUGUUUGUUGCGGCAAAUCUUGUCGACUCUCUUUUUCAGAAGCACUUUGUGUUUAAGAUCCAACAGGUUGGUGUUCGGAUGCAAUCAAUGUUGGUGUCAAUGAUCUAUACUAAAGGUUUGACUAUUUCGUGUCAAUCGAAAGCGGAACACAGCAGCGGCGAAAUCAUCAACUUAUUGACGGUUGAUGCUGAAAGGAUAGGUGAAUUUUGUUGGUACAUGCAUGAUAUAUGGAUGGCUGUUCUUCAAGUUUCUUUGGCUUUGUUUAUUCUUCAUAGAAGUGUAGGGGUUGCUUCAGUAGCUACUUUUGCAGCCACCGUAGUUGUGAUGUUGCUAAACCUUCCUGUGGCAUCAUUGCAAGAGAAGUUCCAAGGUAAGUUAAUGGAAUUCAAAGAUAAAAGAAUGAAGGCAACAUCUGAGAUUUUAAUGAACAUGAGGAUUCUUAAACUUCAAACAUGGGAGAUGAAAUUCUUAUCAAAGAUUAUUCAGAUUAGGAAGUUAGAGGAGAUUUGGCUAAAGAAAUUUCUUAUUGGUUCAGCAAUGGCUAAAUUAAUUUUCUUUAACGCCCCAACAUUUAUUGCUGUGGUUACUUUUGGUACUUGUGUUCUUAUAGGCAUUCCACUUGAAUCAGGAAAGAUCUUAUCUGCACUUGCAACAUUCAGAAUUCUUCAACUGCCUAUUUAUAGUCUUCCCGACACAAUUUCAGUGAUUGCAGAAACCAAGGUUUCUGUAGAUAGGAUUGCUGCCUUUCUUCGUCUAGAUGAUUUGCAGGCCGAUGUAGUGGAAAAGCUUCCUCGCAGUAGUUCUGAUAUAGCAAUUGAAAUUGAAUAUGGAAAUUUCAGUUGGGAUUUAUCUUCUGUCAAUACAACGUUGAAAAACAUAAAUCUUAGAGUUUCUCAUGGAAUGAGGGUUGCAGUUUGUGGUACUGUUGGAUCAGGAAAGUCUAGUUUACUUACUUGUAUAAUAGGGGAAAUGCCAAAGCUAUCUGGAACCUUGAAGGUGUGUGGAACAAAGGCUUAUGUUGCUCAAUCACCAUGGAUACAGAGUGGGAAGAUAGAAGAAAAUAUACUCUUUGGUAUAGAAAUGGAUAGGGAAAAGUAUGAGAGGGUACUAGAAGCAUGUUCAUUGAAUAAAGACUUAGAGGUUUUACCAUUCGGUGAUCAGACCAUUAUUGGAGAAAAGGGAAUCAAUUUGAGUGGUGGACAGAAGCAAAGAGUACAAAUAGCUCGUGCUCUGUACCAAGAUGCUGAUAUAUAUCUGCUCGACGAUCCCUUUAGUGCUGUUGAUGCUCAUACAGGAUCCCAUCUCUUUAAGGAGUGUUUGCUUAACCUUCUGAAAACAAAAACUGUGAUAUACAUAACACAUCAAGUAGAGUUCUUGCCUGAUGCUGAUCUGAUACUGGUCAUGAAAGAUGGAAGGAUAACUCAAUCAGGAAAAUACAAUGACCUACUUACGUCCGGAACAGAGUUUAUGGAACUUGUAGGUGCACAUAGAGCAGCAUUGUCUUCAGUAAAGUCCUUAGAGAGAAGGAAUACAUUUAAAGAAUCGAGUAUUACUGGGGAAGACACAGGUUUAUUAAGUGAUUUUGAACUUGAGCAAGAAGUGGAAAACAUAGAUGAUCGAAACGGCAAGUUAGAUGACACAGUUGAACAGAAAGGCCAACUUGUUCAAGAUGAAGAACGGGAAAAGGGUACAAUUGGACUUAAAGUGUUCUGGACAUACAUCACAAUAGCUUAUGGAGGAGCUCUUGUACCUUUUAUAUUUCUUUCACAGAUACUCACUGUGGUUUUACAGAUCGCAAGCAAUUAUUGGAUGGCAUUGGCAACUCCUGUUUCAGCAACUGCAGAACCAAAUAUUGGAAGCCUUACUCUUAUGGUUGUCUAUGUUUCUUUAUCAAUUGGAAGUUCUUUUGCAACCCUUGCCAGAACAGUUCUUGCAAUUAUAUCUGGAUACAAGACUGCCACCUUGCUCUUCAAUCAAAUGCAUUCCAGCUUUAUUCGAGCACCAAUGUCUUUUUUUGACUCCACGCCAAGUGGAAGAAUUCUUAAUAGAGCUUCAACAGACCAAAGUGCAAUAGAUAUGAGCAUUUCAAGUCUAGCAUGGGCAUUUACCUACCGUGUAGUUCAGCUCUUUGGAAAUGUUGCUGUGAUGUCUCAAGCUGCAUGGCAGGUGAUUAUAGUAUUGAUUCCUGUCGUGGCAGCCAGCAUAUGGUACCAGCGAUACUACUCUGCAUCAGCACGCGAAUUGGCACGAUUAACUGGUAUAUGCCAAGCUCCAGUUAUUCAACAUUUUUCUGAAACAAUUUCUGGAUCAACAACCAUAAGAAGUUUUGAGCAAGAAUCAAGAUUUAAUGAAAUGAAUAUGCAAUUGAUAGACAAAUAUUCGCAACCUAAAUUAUACAGUGGUAGUGCAAAGGAAUGGCUGAGUUUCAGAUUGGAUCUUUUAUCCAUUACAGUAUUUGCGUCCUGCUUGGUUUUCUUGGUGUCUUUUCCAAGUUCAAUAACUAAUGCUAGUAUUGCGGGAUUGGCUGUGACAUAUGGGAUUAACCUAUGUGAAAUACAAUCCGAUUUAAUUCGGUUUUUUUGCAACUUGGAGAACAAAAUUAUAUCUGUAGAAAGAAUACUUCAGUACACUUCCAUCCCAAGUGAAGCACCUCUUAUAAUAAAAGAAAACCGACCAGAUCAUUCUUGGCCGUCAUUCGGAGAGGUUCAUAUUCAGGAUUUACAGGUUCAAUAUGCUCCUCACUUGCCUCUUGUUUUACGUGGACUAACAUGCACUUUUACUGCUGGAGCAAAAACUGGAAUUGUUGGAAGAACCGGAAGUGGAAAAUCAACACUAGUGCAAACACUCUUCAGACUUGUUGAACCUGUUGCAGGACAAAUAUUGAUAGAUAAGAUCAACAUCUCAUUGAUUGGAAUCCAUGAUUUAAGGUCAAGAUUAAGCAUAAUUCCUCAGGAUCCAACAAUGUUUCAAGGGACAGUAAGAAGCAACCUAGACCCGCUUGAAGAGUACACAGACAAACAGAUUUGGGAGGCUUUAGAUAGGUGCCAACUUGGAGAUGAAGUGAGGAAGAAAGAAGGAAAGCUUGACUCCACAGUUACUGAGAAUGGAGAAAAUUGGAGCAUGGGUCAAAGGCAGUUGGUUUGCCUCGGCCGUGUUCUACUUAAGAAAAGCAAGAUCUUGGUGCUCGAUGAAGCGACUGCAUCAGUUGAUACAGCUACAGAUAAUAUAAUUCAGCAGACUGUUAAUCAACAUUUCACUGAUUGCACAGUUAUUAUCAUUGCUCACAGAAUAACUUCAAUCCUCGAUAGUGACAUGGUUCUGUUUCUCAGCGAAGGGCUUAUUGAAGAAUAUGAUUCACCAAAGAAGCUGCUUAAAGAUAAAUCUUCAUCUCUUGCUCAACUAGUUGCAGAAUACACAAGGAGGUCAAACACUGGUUUUGGAAGUUGAGAUCUAAAACUGUACAGAAAAUAAACUAGAAUAUAAGUUGUAAUAAGGGUAUACAAAUUAAGAAUAACAUAGUUUGUCUGUGCUUUUAAGUAUUACUGAAGCUUAUGUGUAAUAGAACAAAGUAAACAUUUGAGGAAAACAUAAAAAGUCACUUCAAAUUA